AUGACUUCACCUGCAUCGUUGAAGCGCGAGAAGCGUGACUUCAGCGAACAGACCAUCGCCGUCGAAGUGGGAUCGGAGAGGACCAGUUUCCUAGUCCACCCAUCAAUCUUGAGCAAAAACUCCAAAAUUCUUCAGAGCUGCUCUAGAACCCAGCCACAUUCCACACCUACAUCGCCUACCUCUACUCCGGCGGCUACAUUCCGGACCCUCCAAGCUCCAAGCUCCGACUUCAACGCCAUCAAGCACCACCUCACCCUCCUCAGCACCCUCUUCAUCCUCGGCGAACGCAUCGACGACACCUGCCUCCGCAACACCGUCAUCAAAUACCUCCUGCUCUCCAGCGGUCGCACAGGGUACUGUUACGUCCAACCUCUCCUCACGCUAGCCUUCUCAAACUCAGCCUCCCACCCCGACUCUACCCUACGCGCCUACCUCGUUGACGCCGCGUUGGCGUACAUGAUGCCAGAGUGGCUGGAGGCGAAUUGGGCUAUUUUGCCGGGGGAGUUUUUGAGGCUGGUUAUGGUGGGGUGGGCGAGGGGGCCGGUGGAGAGGAGAGGGGGGGGGGACGGGUUAAGUAUAGGAUGUUGUUCGAGAUGGAGGUGUGUUGUUAUCAUGAGCAUGAUGGGGAUGUUCCGGUGGAGGAGGCGUGUUUUGAGGUUGUGGGGAGGGCGAGGAGGGAGAAUAGGAAGAGGGGGGAGAGGGGGAGGGCUAAGGCUGUGGGGGGAUUGGCGGUGUAUUUUUGGGAAGGGUGAAAUGUGGAGUGAGAUGUGUUGGAAGACUUGUGUUGAGGAUGGGAGUGGAGAGAGGAGUUGGAAAGAUUAUUAA